AUGGGCGUCUUUCGUCAAACCACGACCACGACCACACAUCAACACGUCACCACGUCACCACCACCCUCAACAACGCCCACCACCAUCGAUGAUGCCCACCACCAUCGACGACGCCCACCCACCAUCGACGACGUCCACAUCACCACCAUCGCCUCUUCGCCCACAACCACCACAGCAACAACGAUGUGGCCACGCAACAUGGCAACAACGACGAUGGACGGCAACGACGAUGAUGGGGAAUCAGCCGGCAAGCGGCGACCAGGCCUCAACAAGCAACCACCGCCGAAGAACGACCACAACCCAGCACCACCGGCGAAGGAUGACCAGCGCCCACAAAAAUCAAUCAACGAACGAACCCACGAAGACGGACGACGACGAUGGCCAACAGACGAAGGACGACAACGAUUGCGAAAGGACGACAACGACGACAAUGUUACUGUCGUUGUCGUCCUCAUUGUACACUGGAGACGAAGCCCACCACCAGUGGGUGGUCGUCUAGCACCUCCGACGUCACCCCUCCCCAAAGGGAAGGGCAUGCCGCCAGUCGGUAGCCACGUCACCACGCGAAACGACGCAAAAACGAUGACGACGGCCUACAAACGACGACCGGACGACGACCACGAGACGCCGAGCACCCACCACCAUGAACGACGACGGCCAGCGCCCAACAAACGAUUGCGACCGCCCAGCAAUGACGACAACCAAACAACAACCAUAACGACGUGUGAACGACGACCAGCGCCCACAAAAAACGACGACCAGCGCCAACGAAAUGACCACCAGCGCCCAGAAAGGCCCCAGAGCCACGAACGACCCAAUGAGCGAGCCCGGCUACGUCUCACCCUCUUCCUCACUGCCUACCACCUCCCUCAGUCCCUCUUCCCUUGA